GCUUACUCUGUUUAUGAUCAGGAGAUUGGCUACUGCCAGGGACAGUCCUUCCUGGCUGCGGUGCUGCUGCUGCACAUGCCAGAGGAGCAAGCUUUCAGCGUUCUGGUGAAGAUCAUGUUUGAUUACGGGCUCAGGGACCUGUUCAAACAGAACUUUGAAGAUCUGCACUGCAAGUUCUUCCAACUUGAAAGACUCAUGCAGGAGUACAUACCAGAUCUGUACAACCAUUUCCUGAAUGUUGGCCUGGAGGCUCAUAUGUACGCUUCCCAGUGGUUCCUGACCCUCUUCACAGCCAAGUUUCCUCUUUAUAUGGUCUUCCACAUAAUCGACCUGCUACUGUGUGAGGGUAUCAGUGUGAUCUUCAAUGUUGCCUUGGCCCUUUUAAAGACAUCAAAAGACGAUCUACUGCAGACGGACUUCGAGGGUGCUCUGAAAUUCUUUCGUGUCCCCGUCCCGAAGAGGUACCGCUCAGAAGAGAAUGCCAAGAAACUGAUGGAGCUGGCCUGUAGCAUGAAGAUAAGCCAGAAGAAGCUGAAGAAGUUUGAGAAGGAGUACCACAUCAUAAGGGAGCAGCAGGAGCAACAAGAAGCCCCCAUUGAGAGAUAUGAGCGGGAGAAUCGUCGUUUGCAAGAGGCCAACAUGCGCUUGGAGCAGGAGAACGACGACCUGGCGCAUGAACUCGUCAGCAGCAAGAUAGCCCUCCGGAAGGACCUGGACAAUGCUGAGGAAAAGGCAGACGCCCUGAAUAAAGAGUUGCUGCUGACCAAGCAGAAGCUGAUAGAAUCUGAAGAUGAGAAGAGACGGCUUGAAGAAGAGUCUGCACAGCUGAAAGAAAUGUGCCGAAGGGAGCUUGAUAAGUCAGAGUCAGAGAUAAAGAAGAACGGUUCUAUUAUUGGAGAAUACAAACAGAUCUGCUCCCAGCUGAGUGAACGACUGGAGAAGCAGCAGACGGCCACUCGAGGAGAACUGGAGAAAAUCAGAUCCAAAGUCGAAGGCUGUGAGAAGUGCAGCAGUCUCUUCAACAAAGAGGGCCGUGUGCGAGCCGCGGCGACCACCGCGCCCGCCGACGGGACGGAGGAGGCCGACGAGGAGAAGGAGGGUCUGAAGAACCAGCUGAGGGAGAUGGAGCUGGAGCUGGCCCAGACCAAGCUGCAGCUGGUGGAGGCCGAGUGCAAAAUCCAGGACCUGGAGCACCAUUUGGGUCUGGCCCUCAACGAGGUGCAGGCCGCCAAAAAGACCUGGUUCAACCGAACCCUCAGCUCCAUCAAAACGGUCACCGGCACCCAGGGCAAAGAGACCACUUAACCCCAUAACCCUUCACCCAUCCCGCUUUAACAAGACCACGUCUGGAGCUCAGCGUGACUCGCACCCACUCAGACCUCCAGACGCACGCGGCCGUAACUUUAACACGAACGUUAACCGUUAAAACCAGGGGGGGGGUCUCCCCUGUGACUGACUGUGUUACUUGUUUCCUCAUAUCAACCAUGUUCCUUUUAUUUACUGAAGUAACUACACCCCCAGAAAAACAAAACCUUUUGACAUGCGUCCGAUAAGCACCCCCCACCCCACCCCCCCUCGCCCACCAGACAGAGACCACGUGCUUCCACCAGUCACAGGAGGAGACAUGCUUCACUGAGGAGUGUCUGCGUACUGCUGAGAUUAAAAAAACUCCACAGCGGGGGGAGCAGUGACACCGGGGGGCGUACCUUCCUGCUCCCUUUUGUCUAAACUACUGGCACAAAGCAACAGGCCCCCUGUACAUUUUUUGUUUUGGUUUGUUUUAGGUACGAGCGCUCAUAGACGCUUUUUCAGAACUGAGCUUUUUUUUUCUAAUUUUCGUUGAACAGUACCUUUUUUUUGUUGUACGUCGGCGUGUGUGCUAAUCUCGGUGUCUGAUUGUAAUAUGUAUUUGUUGGGAAAAUGUUUGAAAGCAUGGAUAAUUGGUGCGUGUGUGAACUGUGUGUGCGUGGAAAGGCCAGAGAAAAGCACUAAGGUUAUGAUUGUGUGCAUGCAUGUCAGGUUUGUCUCGUGUCCUUUAAUGUUCAAAUGUGUACAUAAAAACCGGUAAGGAUUGCGGUUUGCGGACAAGGCCUUGAGCUGAAGGUAGAUAUGGAGGACAGCUGUGGGUAUAAAUAUGUAAUUUAUGGAAGCUGAAUGAGCUGUUGUGAGAAGCGACUGCUGCUUAAAUCUCCUCUAAUUAAAAAUAAACACAUUUAAGGUUUGUUUGGUUUAGAUCUUCCAGCACAAAGAAGCCUUUAAGAAAAGAAAAAAAAAAA